AUGACCUGGCCCAACCACACAGACCUGGGCAUCUCUCCGUCUUUCUUCUUGGUGGGGAUCCCAGGACUGGAGACUGCUUACUUCUUGCUGGCCUUUCCCUUCUGUCUGACCUAUCUACUGGCCCUCGUAGGGAAUGGGGUCGUGUUCCUUAUCAUCCAAAUGGAGGACAGUCUCCAUCAGCCCAUGUAUAUGCUCCUAGCCAUGCUGUCCGUAGUGGACAUGGGCCUGUCCAGCUCCACCAUCCCCAAGAUGCUCGCCAUCUUCUGGCUAGGUGCCCAUGACAUUGCCUUCAAUGCUUGCUUGACCCAGAUGUUCUUUAUCCAUGCCUUCACCGCCCUGGAGUCCGGUCUUCUAGUGGCCAUGGCCUUUGACCGCUAUGUGGCUGUGUGUAACCCCCUGCGAUACACGGCUAUCCUCACUGGCUUUACCAUUGCCAAACUGGGCUUGGCCAUCAUCACUCGGGCAGUGGUGCUCCUUGUCCCCUUAGUUCUAAUGGUGAUGCAUCUCCACUUUUGCCAAACAUGGGUCAUUGUCCACUCCUAUUGCGAGCACAUGGCUGUGGUCAAGUUGGCCUGUGGGGACACCAAAAUCAACAGUGCCUAUGGCUUGGUGGUGGUUGCCCUAAUCAUUGGGUUUGACAUAGUGUUUAUUUCUUUCUCCUAUUUCCUCAUUCUUGGGACAGUCUUCCAUCUCCCAUCAAAGGACGCCUGUUGGAAGACCCUCGGGACUUGCAGUUCCCACAUUUGUGUGAUCCUGUUGUUCUACACCCCAGCUGUCUUCUCCUUCCUGGCCCACCGCUUUGGCCACGGAGUGGCUCCGUACAUCCGUGUCCUGCUAGCCAGCCUCUACCUCUUAGUCCCCCCAGCGCUGAAUCCCAUUGUGUAUGCCUGGAGAACAAAGCCCAUCAGAGAAAAAAUCCUCAGGGUCUUUCAGCUUUGUAAGACGUGA